AUGCCGGUGAGACGGGGCCAUGUGGCCCCCCAGAACACUUUCCUGGACACCAUCAUCCGCAAGUUCGAGGGGCAGAAUCGAAAGUUUAUCAUCGCCAAUGCACAGGUGGAGAACUGUGCCAUCAUCUUCUGUAAUGACGCCUUCUGUGGGAUGUGCGGUUACAGCCGGGCCGAGGUCAUGCAGAAGCCCUGCACCUGCAGCUUCCUGUAUGGACCGCACACCAAGAGGCCAGCGGUGGCCCAGAUGGCUAAAGCUCUGUUGGGAGCAGAGGAGAGGAAGGUUGAAAUCUCCCUCUACACUAAAGAUGCAGUGUGUUUCCACUGUGCAAUAGACGUGGUUCCAGUGAAGAAUGAAGACGGCCUGGUCAUCAUGUUCAUUCUCAACUUUGAGCUCCCCACAGAUCCCAGACCAACUAACAGCUCCCCAGCCAGAGAGCUCAACAGAGUGCUGCGUAUCCCCUGGCUCACCCUGGCUCGGCCGCAGAGUCUGCGCCUCUUCCUCCGCUCCCUCAGCCGCAGUACGAGUGUGCUGUCAUCGGACACAGAGCUGGGUGCUCCUCAUGCAGACAUCCCUCCCAUUGGACACGAGUCUGUGGCCCUGGAUAAACUGCUGUCCCUCCCUGAGAGACAGCAGCUGGAGGAGGCAGGAACUGGACUUCUGCUGUGGGACCAAGAUAGGGAGGAGGAGGAGGAGGAGGAGGAGGAAGGAAUGAGACAGAUGAGCCAGAGCCUGCUUGACACAAAGACAAUACCUCCUGGUGAAAUCAGACCUCCCUGCAAACUGAUGGACAGAACACACCACGUCACGGAGAAAGUCACCCAGGUGCUGUCUCUGGGUGCGGAUGUGUUACCAGAGUAUAAACUGCAGACUCCCAGGAUCCAGAAGUGGACCAUCCUUCACUACAGUCCAUUCAAAGCUGUGUGGGACUGGGUCAUUUUGCUCUUGGUCAUUUAUACAGCCAUAUUCACUCCUUAUUCUGCUACUUUUCUAUUGAGUGACCAGGAGGAGGCAGCCAUGCAGACCUGUGGUUACUCCUGCUCCCCCCUCAAUGUGGUGGAUCUUAUAGUGGACAUCAUGUUCAUUGUGGACAUCAUCAUCAACUUCAGGACUACAUAUGUUAACUCUAAUGAUGAGGUGGUGAGCCAGUCUUCUCGGAUCGCAGUCUACUACUUCAAAGGGUGGUUCCUCAUUGACAUGGUGGCAGCCAUUCCUUUUGACCUCCUCAUCUACCGCUCAGGAGAGGAGGUGACCACCACACUGAUUGGCUUACUGAAGACAGCGCGGUUACUGCGAUUGGUUCGUGUAGCCAGGAAGUUGGACCGUUACUCAGAGUACGGGGCAGCUGUCCUCUUCCUCCUCAUGUGCACCUUCGCCCUCAUUGCCCACUGGCUGGCUUGCAUCUGGUAUGCCAUAGGUAAUGUGGAGCGUUUGGCCUCGGCUGGGAUCGGCUGGUUGGAUAAUCUGGGAGAGCAGCUGGGGAGGCCAUACAAUGACUCCAUCAUCGGGUCAGGCCCUUCCAUUAGAGAUAAAUAUGUCACCGCUCUAUACUUCACCUUCAGUAGUCUGACCAGCGUAGGCUUCGGGAAUGUCUCCCCAAACACCAACUCUGAGAAGAUCUUCUCCAUCUGCGUCAUGCUUGUUGGUGCUCUGAUGUAUGCCAGUAUUUUUGGUAAUGUGUCAGCCAUUAUCCAGCGGCUGUACUCUGGUACGGCACGCUACCACACCCAGAUGAUGAGAGUUCGAGAGUUCAUCCGCUUCCACCAGAUCCCCAACCCUUUGAGACAGAGGCUGGAGGAAUACUUCCAACACGCUUGGUCCUACACUAAUGGGAUAGAUAUGAACGCUGUUCUAAAAGGUUUCCCAGAAUGUCUCCAGGCAGACAUUUGUCUCCACCUCAACAGGUCACUGCUGCAAGACUUUAAGGCUUUUAAAGGAUCCACUAAGGGCUGUCUGAGGGCGCUAGCCAUGAGAUUUAAGACCACCCACGCUCCUCCUGGGGACACCCUCGUCCAUGCUGGAGACCUGAUCUCAGCUCUGUACUUCAUCUCUACAGGAUCCAUAGAGAUCCUCAAAGGAAACGUGGUGGUAGCGAUACUGGGGAAGAAUGAUAUCUUUGGGGAGCUCAUCAAUCUGUAUGCUCAGCCAGGAAAAUCCAGUGCUGAUGUCCGAGCUCUGACCUACUGUGAUCUGCACACCAUACACAGAGAGGAUAUGCUGGAGGUUCUUGGCAUGUAUCCUGAAUUUUGUGAAUAUUUCUGGUCCAAUUUGGAGAUCACCUUCAAUCUCAGAGAUGUGAAUAAUGAGUUUCUGAGUGGAGAAGACUCUGACUGUGAGGAACUGAGCAGACCACAGAGGAAACAUAAACUCUCUUCCAGUCACACAGGUAGCACUUCACCAUUACAAACAGCUUGUAAGAAGGAUGCUGGACAGUGUAACAGACCUCUGUGUUCUGCUCAGCGUGGCGAGUAUAAAACAGAGAAAGCUGGAUGCGGAAUGUCGCACUUUCCAGGUGACACCGCAGAGAGACAGACUGCUGCCGACACAUGUAGAAGAAGACACAGUAACGGGGAGCAGCGUGCUGGCCACAACAGAGAUGAUCACACACGUGCACUAUAUGUCCCUGUGUUAUCCAGUGACGAUGAAGGGGAGGAUUCAGAGGUGACCUCCAUGAUUCAUACUGCUGCCACAAACACUGAUAGGAGAGAGAAGACCUGUAACCCUGUAACAGAAACAUUCUCAGGAGUGUCCAACAUCUUUACCUUCUGGGACUCAGAGAGCAGAGAGGAGCAGAGACACCAGGAGGAGACCUCCUCCCUCAGCCUUCACUCCCCUCGUCCUGAGCCUCCCUCCAGCCCUCCUCCUCCAACCAUCAUCUCUCUGAGGCAGAAGGUGGCGUUAGAGAAGAGGCUGGAUGCUAUGCAGCGACAGAUAACCAGGUUGGAGUCUCGUAUGUCAGCAGACGUUGGGAACAUCAUGCAGCUGCUGCAGAGGCAGAUGCCAAUGAUUCCACCUUCCUACAGUACCCUCACAUCAACACCUAACGCACCCUCCUCCCCCAUUCUGUCCCCCACUGAUGCCUCCCCCACAGACAAGUCCCCAACCACCAACCCCCCGCACCCUGCAGCAACAGUCCAAUGAAAACCAAGAUCCAAUCCUUCAACAACUUCCAGAAUCUAACUCUCAUGAUUGUGGCUCUGUCCUCCAUCUUACUGCCUUCCCGCUUCUCAUACCUGCUUCCCCCCCUCACACUUCAUUUCAUUCACUGUUUUCUUCCCCCACCUUACCCCAGAACAGCUCUCCACCCCUUCCUCAAACUUCCACCCUAAAUCCCCUGCUCUCAGAGAGACUUGAUCAACCAGCCCUUCCUGUCAGGACACAGAGCUCAGCCUCUGUCUCACAGGUACUGUCACCUUUCAGUAGUCUCUUAGCUUUAAGAGGGAAGUAGGAAAGAGAACAAAAUGUUCUGUUCUGUUCCACAAUUCUGAAUUCUAAUCAGAAAUCUUGUUUUCCCACACAAUUUCUUUCUUGACAUUGUUUGCAAAGUGUCUACAGACAGAACCUUGCAAUACAGAUAUAGACUGAAUAUAGUAGGACCCAGCCAUCAGAUUAAUGCAAAUAAAGUGAUACAAUUCUGACUUUUAUUCCCAGAAUAUUGAGAUGAAUCAACUCAAACACACAGCCUUAUCCUCCAAGGUUAAGCCUGAAUUACUUAAGCCAAACUUUAAAGAACAGAACACAUUAUCCAAGUGUCCAUGUAAACGUAUCCAUCAAGAAUUUCAUUGAGAUUUUAAUGCAUUAUUUACAGGGCACUAUCUAGACAGCCAUCAUUUUCUCCCUCUUAGAGUUCAGUAUGACACAAUUCAAAUCAAACCCACAUUCACAGAAACACAGGCUUCUGUGGACUCUAAAAUUGAUGACCUUACUAUAUGUCCCUCCCUGGCAAGACCAGUCCUCCAAACUCAGUCCAACUGUCGACAGCCAACUCCUCCAUCAGCCAACGUAUCCACAACACAGUCAGGCAGAGCUUCACCUCCAGAGUGGAAUUGACCAAUCAGAGCAGCAUGGGAGCCAGCAGCGCCUGUCGAUGCCGGGUGAGCCGGCGUCAUCAUUGGAUAGCAGCUAGCCGAAGCCACACUACAGUUGAAACCCAUAGAUUAGCAGUAAUGAAGAGGUCACCACUUUGUAAACAUGCUUCUGUCAACAUAAUUACACAUAGAGAACAAUAAAUGACUAAAACAUAGAUUCAUGGAUCAAAUAAUCCGGUCAUUGCUGGGGAUUAGACCAAGAACCUCACGGUGACAAGCCUGCUUCUCUAUCUUUCUCUCUAUCUAGACAAGUUAUAUUUCAUACUCGCAGGACUGAUACCAACUCUGUAUGUACAAGAUGGUAUGCCAUGUGCACAAAGGGACUCUGAUGGUGUGUGGCACAUCUCCUAGCAGGCAUGUGUGGCAGAAUAGUAGAAUACAUGUGUAAUAUAAUGAAUCAAGUUAGAAAAAGUGCAGUAGCAAACAAAAUACUGUAACGAUAGUGUAAAUCCAUUGUGUAAUGUUAUUAGUAAUCUUGUUUUAAUUUGGUUCAUUUUGUAUAUGUGGUCAUAUGUUUAAGUCUUUCUGGUCCUGGUUUGUUUCAUCAAACAGUGUAAGUAAUGAACAUGCUCAGUUAACCUGGGCAGAACAGAAGCUUAAGCAGGACAUAUUGUUAACAUCACAUGUGUUGUAUGUAGUCCCAGACUUGACCAGACUGCAUGGGCUGGAAUAGAACAGUAAAGUAGCCAGGCAGAUGGUCUUUGUUCUAAAAGAUACCAUGUCAUAGAGUUGUGUAUUGAAAUAAUUGCGUGGAAUAUGAUGGUGUCUCCAAACAGAGUGCGUUAGGGAAUGUCAGGACAUUUUUUGCAAAUAAGUCGACGCACAAGAACAUCUUGGAAUAUAAUGCUUGUUUUUCACAUUUCUUGCAUUAAAUGGUAGUUUUAAACUGUCCUCACCUCUGCAAACCUAAAAGCUCUAGAAUCACGCACAUACUAACAAGCAACAGAUCAGGUAAUAGUCUCAGUUAUGGGAACUUCAUAGAUCACUUGUUGUUAUUAAUGGUCAAUAAAGUUUUAGCUAAAUGUAUUUUAAAAUGUUUAAGGUUAAAGUAAUAAACAAUUCAUAAAAGGUGCCUUAUUAGAAAGUGGUACCAACUUAUGGACUGUAAUUUUCUAUGAAGACAAUAGUUAGAAUCCAACAGUCGACUUGCUCAAAUUUGCCUGUGACACACACGCUUUUCUUUCAAAACUGGAUGCAGAACUAAAAACAAACACUGAUAGAGGAUUAGAGGACUCUUAUUAUGAAGGAGUGUGACUUCCUUUGAUCAUACUGUCGUUUCCUACAGAACAUGCUGAGCUGUUUGGGCUGAAAUUGAAAAUGAUUUCUGAUCUUUUAACAUUUGACUGUACCGUUAAAACUGUGUUGUGAAGUGUGUAAAGAAAAAACCUGUGUCAUUGUUGAUAUGUGUCAUUGUUGGCUUGUGUACACCAUUCGUCAGUCUUAUCCAGAACAACUGAAUGCAUUUAUUUCAAUGUGGAGGUAAUCAGAAGCAUCCAAACCUCAGCGUAGAUCUGUAUGAAUUGUAUUUAUGUAAUUUUAUUUUUCUAGAGCUUCCACAGGUUUUUCCUGAGCUGCUUAAAGUUUUAACAACCUAGGCUGCUCACUGGAAACAAGAAAAGAGCCCACAUCACCCCCUGCACUUAGCUCAUUUAGAACACAACUCAAAACCUAGAUUUAUUCUUCAGCCUUUGUGUCCCGCUGAAUUGUGCCGUCCUGUUUUGUUUAUUUGUUUGUGUCAUUUUAUUGUUGCGUCUAUGUUCCUGCCAUGUAUGUUUCAUUAUGCUUAAAAAAUGUUCUAUUUAUAUUGUUCUUGUUAUUGUGUAUGAAUAAAAAUCAAAGGGUUAAACAUU